AACAAAUUUCAUUAACAUCAGAGGUCCGUAAUCAUUCAAGCAUCGCGUUUCGUAACAGGGCCAGGUCAGAAGUCCGAUACUGGCCGCCCCAGCAGUUCUUAAAUCCAAUUAUAUCGACAGUUUCUGAAGGGACUGUCUGAAAUGUGUUCUUGCCAAAAUACUCUCAAAAUGUGCCAAGUUACGUAGGAAACUCAGGAAAAUCCCGUGCAAAGUCUCGCGAAAAUUAUGUAAAAGUCAGUGAACGUUAUUUUAUAGUUUUCCCUUUUCUAAUUCAAACGAUUCCAACAUGAUCGACGAACAGCAUCCCAUGCAGAUUGGAUUGUUUCCGAUGGACAUAAAAUGUCAACAGCAGCAGCAGCAACAGCAGCAGCAAACGCCGCAAACUGGGGGCCUCAAUCAACUGCUGUUGAACGGAAAUGAACGCAUGUUAACAACACCAACGACAGCAGCAACAUCGGUAGUGGCAACCGGAAGUGGAAGGAGUACGUCGGCAGCAGCAACAUCGAGUGCCAAAGCCGGAGUGGCCCACAAUGACAAAAUGGCGUCAGUAGGCAGAAAUGUCAACGGAAGUUGCAGCAGCCACAACAGCAACAGCAUAAACAAGCAGCCCAUGGGCGGGAUCCAAAUGCCAGGACCAGGAGCAGGACCUGGACCACCCAGCCAUUCCCAUCCACAUCCCCAUCCCCUCUGCAGCCGCAUCACCUUGGGGGAGUGCAGCCUGAAUGGAAUGGACAGCUUCGCCACACCGGCAGCACCGCCAUCAUCGGCAUCCAACACACCGCAAGCGCCUCAGGGAAUGGGCAGCAGUUCCAUUUCCAGUUCCGGAAUGGCCAUGGAACUGAGCUUGGGCAUGGGACCCCAGUGUGCCCACUGCUGCCAGCCCAUUUGCGAUCGCUACAUAAUGCGCGUGGUGGAGAACUCCUUCCACGAGGGCUGCCUGAAGUGCACCGCCUGCUCGCUGCACCUGGUGCACUCCUGCUACGCGAGGGAGGGCAAGCUCUACUGCCGCAUCGACUACGAGAGACUCUACAUCCGGAAUCAUUGCCUUGGCUGUGGCCUCAAAAUCGGCGCCGAUGAGCUCGUGAUGCGGUGCCACGAGAACGUCUUCCAUCUGAAGUGCUUCGCCUGUGUGGUUUGUGGAGCUCUCCUGAAGAAAGGGGAGCAGUACGUGGUCAAGCAGGGACAGCUCUUCUGCCGGUUUGACUACGAGAAGGAGGUGGAGAUGCUACAGGGAUAUGAUUUCUAUGGCGAUGAGCUCUUUCCGCCCAAAUUGGACGGAAGAAGGGGACCCAAGCGACCAAGGACUAUUCUAAAUACCCAGCAAAGAAGGGCUUUUAAGGCCUCCUUCGAAGUCUCCCCAAAACCCUGUCGAAAAGUGAGAGAGAACCUGGCCAAGGACACUGGCUUGAGCCUGAGGAUCGUGCAGGUUUGGUUCCAAAACCAGCGAGCAAAGGUAAAAAAGAUACAGAAGAAGGCCAAGCAGGAGCCGCCGAGCAAGGGAGCGAGUGACUCGCAGGAUUCGCAGGAAUCCCUGGACAGCAGUCUGGCCACCAAGAUCAAGGACGAGGCGCACAGCGACAGUGAAUCGCAGCUGGAGUCGCCGUACUCCACGACCUCCGAUGGACUGAACCGGAUGCGAUGCACCAUUAAGGACGAACAGGAGCAAGUGCCCUUCAACUGCAUGGAGACCAAUAAAGAAAACUGCAACAAGAACAGCGAGCCCAUACUGAAUACCAUUCUGGGACUGAGCUACGCCACCUUUCAACAGCUAAUGGGACCCUUUGCCCAAACACCGAUGAUCAAUCCGAUCGACCGACUAUAUAGCAUGCAGAGCUCCUACUUCCGGCCCGAGGAACUGCAGGCCUAUGGGGAAUGCGGCGUCAAGGACUCCCUGGAUCACUAGUUUGGCCUCCGAAGGCCAUCGAAUUUUAAGCCCAAAUCAAAAUUAGACCUUGUAAAAUAAAAGAAUGUUAAUGUGCUAGCAAUCGAACUUAAACACACCCCGGUAAAGUAGAUUUUCUCCCCCACCCUCCCUCCUAUUUUGGGAAGCUGCACCACUUGCGCAAUCACCCCACUUGCCACUGCACCACCAUCGGUGGCUCUUUCUGCAGGUGCAGCCUCGAAAUUAGUUCCGCUCGGUUGACAGGCACAAAGCAUUUGCCACAGCAGUCGCAACCCCGGUGAAAUGGUGAAAUGGCCUUCGGAACGAGAAUGGGCGUAAAAUGCCGAUUCGUCAUGCAUAGUUCAAAGGCCCGGAUUCGGACGGAUCCGGAUCCUUUAUGCGUAUCCUCCCCACGAUGACGGGCCGUUCGACAGCGUCGUUGACACGAAUGUGUCGCAAAUGCCGCCCAAGGACCGGACUUUUGACUGGCAUCCCGUCCCUCUUUGGU